AUCACCCUCGUGUUCCUGCGGACUUCCUUCGACCGUCACAGAUGCACCCCGACACGAGUUGUUUCGUGCUGGAUGAUUGGGGUGCACACAUGACGUCGAUCAUGAAGACCGUGUAUGAGCUCAUAGCCGCUUCCCAGAAUCGCAUGGCCGUCAUUGCGAACCAAUCAAGGAUGGAUCAUCCAUUCAAAGUCGGUGAUGAUGUGCUUAUCGACGCCCGCCCCUUACAGCACGAAGUGGACACGCUUCGCAAGUUUCUGCGUCGCUUCUUUGGCCCAUGCCGCAUUCUCCAGGUCGUCAGUUCUCAUACGGCUUCUAGCCCGGUCAACUUUCGUGUGAAGUUGUCCGACUACCUACGGCAAGCUCGUGUGCACGAAGUUUACCACGUCUCGUUACUGCGUCCCUACCGCAGACCGUCUGAGCAUUUCGUCGGACGACCAUAUGAGCGCCCUCCACCCAUCAUGGUGGACGGCCACGAGGAGUUCCUCAUUUCAUACAUAAUUGGUCGUCGAGUCACCGACGACAACCCUCCUCACGUCGAGUAUCUCAUACGUUGGAAGGGUUACCUUGAUGAGGAGGCUACUUGGGAGCCCCUCGAGCACUUGCAGCACGCUCGCAUGUUGGUGCGUGCCUAUGACCAUGCUCGUCGUGUUGGGUUGACUGCUCCUCCUCAGCGCACUAACCCUCUUCCUUCUCCCUCGGCUGAGGAGACCAUUGAAGUCGAACCUGGCCCAUCUGAGGCAGACCUUCAGCAGCAGCCGGAUGCUUCUGAGCGUCCACAACGCACUCGUCGUCGUCCUGCUCGAUACGACGAUUGACUCUGACUUAUCUUCCCACGUCUUUGACUUCUCCGUACUCCAUCCACUCCAGUUUUGCCACUUCAUCUCGACAUUGUGGCUCUUCCUCGACAACAUUCCAGACUUCUCGUCAUGGACGUCAUCGACAGCUUCACGGCCUUCGUCACGAUCAACUCUCCCUACUUCAGACGUCGUCACUCUCUUCCCACCUUACCCUGUACAGUACCCUGGUUGUGUCGCAUGAUGGUCUCCCUACCCUGGUUGUAUCGCA